UUAGCCUUUCCUUUAUCGCCCUUUCACUCAGUCUUGUUUGUUUCUUUCUCUCUCUCUCGAUCUCGCCGCGAAAGCUUUCUCUUCCAAACGCAAAUCCAAAACCAGCGAUAAGCUCUCCGCCAAAUCUCCCCAAAACCCUCUCUCCUCUACUUUUCUUCUUCUACUUCUUCUAUUCGUUCAUCUCCUUCUCUCACGUAUCCUCGAAGUUGGUUGUUUCAAUCCUGCAAUGGCCGAAGCAAGGAAGCUCGAUCUGCCUGACGAUCUGAUCUUGUCCAAAUCGUCUGAUCACUUGAAAGAAUUGGCGUCAGAUAACAGCAUUCCGUUGUCUCCGCAGUGGCUUUACACGAAAUCAAGCGAGAGCAAGAUGGAUGUUCGAUCUCCUACUCCAGUGCCCAUGGGAAAUCCAAGUGACCCAAAUCUGAAGGAUGCAUGGCGCUUGGAUGCACCAGAAGACAAAAAGGACUGGAAGAAAAUCGUUCCUGAGAAUGAAACAAGUCGCAGAUGGCGUGAGGAGGAAAGAGAAACUGGUUUACUCAGUGCUAGGAAAGGGGAUCGAAGAAAAUCAGAACGUCGCAUUGACAAUGUCUCAAGCAGAGAAACCGGCGACAGUAAAACCUUUGCAUCUUCUGAUAGGUGGAAUGAUGUUAAUUCUCGUGCUGCUGUACAUGAAACUCGGCGCGACAACAAAUGGUCAUCUCGGUGGGGUCCUGAAGACAAAGAUAAAGAAACUCGUUCUGAGAAGGUAGAUAAUAACAAGGACAAGGAAGAGCCUCACAUGGAAAGUCAAUCUGCGGUUGGCAGCGUCCGUGCAACUAGCGAACGGGACUCUGAACCUCGUGACAAAUGGAGGCCACGUCAUAGAAUGGAACCCCAGUCUGGUGGGCCCAAUUCUUAUCGCGCUGCACCUGGGUUUGGACUUGAUAAAGGACGAACCGAGGGCCCACAUUUAGGUUUCACUGUGGGACGAGGAAGGGCGUCUGUAACUGGGAGGGGUUCUUCAACUACCUUAAUUGGUGCUGGUGCGUUCUUAAGAAGUGAAGGUAUCCCUGGUAAACAAAGCCCUGCAGCCUCUAUGUACCAGUAUCCAAGGGCUAAGUUGCUUGACUUGUAUAGAAAACAGAAGCCUGAUCCUUCCCUCGGUAGGGUGCCCAUUGAGAUGGAGGAAGUUGCCUCCAUAACUCAAGUGGCUUUGAUUGAACCUCUUGCUUUUAUCGCACCUGAUGCCGAAGAAGAGGCAUGCCUUAACGGCAUAUGGAAGGGAAGGAUUACUAGUAGCGAAGUCGACACUUCAUCUGGGGAAGAAAUUCUAGGUGAAAACAAUCUGGGAUUUCUUGGUAGUCAUAAUGAUUAUCCGGGGGGUGCUCCAAGCAUCUCAAAAUUGAAUUCAGUGGCUUCUGAAAGUCAUGGAUCUGUUGGAGUUGGCUAUCAAGUUUCUCAUGGAAGUCCUGAAGCAGUUAGAUCUGCUUUUACUAAAUCCUCUGUGUUGGAUGCAAGUGAACCCCUUGUUGCUGCUUUUGAGCAAGAUUACAUGGGCAAGCUGCAGCAACCAGAUAUUGAAGUGAAUCACUCAGAAGGGGCUAUGCUACCUGAGGAGUUUAUGUUUAUGUAUAUCGAUCCUCAGGGAGUAAUUCAGGGACCGUUCAUUGGUUCUGACAUUAUUUCAUGGUUUGAGCAAGGGUUUUUUGGGACAGACCUACAGGUUCGCUUAGCAAAUGCUCCAGAAGGAACACCUUUUCAAGAUCUAGGCAGGGUCAUGUCAUAUUUGAAGACAGAAGAUGUUCAUGCCCAUAUCAGUAAUGAAAAGAUUGAGCUAGAAGGGACUUGUUCAAAAGCAAGUCCAGAAACUGGUUUAUCAAUUGCAUCUGUAGCAGAAUCUAAUGGUUCAUCCUCUAUUACUGGCACCUCUCUUUCAUUUUCAAUGAAUAACAACACCUCAGCUCAGGAUAAUUUUCAGAGAAAGUCUGAGUCCGAAGUUUAUGUGAAACCACCACAUGCUGAGGACCGAAGUUUCUUGAACUUUUCUGCUCAACAUGAAGAGUUCUUAUUCCCAGGAAGAGCUGGAGUUUCUGGUUAUGCAUCGAUAACAUCCUCUGCAAGUAUGCGUGAUGCUUCAAUGGAGCGUUCUGGCCACUCUGCUGUUCCUGUUGAAUCGACUGAACCUGCUACUCAAAAUCAGAAUGAGAAUAAGCUGCACCCGUUUGGUGUAUUGUGGUCUGAGCUAGAGAAUAGUAGUACACCAGCUAACCAGUUACCAAACAGGUCUUAUGAUGCAAUGGGGGAGCCUACUGAUUCAAUAAACAGUUGGCCCAUUGAUUCCCGGAAAAAUACCCAAAUUGACCCCAACAUGUCCCUCGAUGCUCUGACUGUUAACCGGCUGUCGCAGUUUGAACAUGUUUCCAACCGCUUAAACAUCAGGGAUCAACUUCCAUCAAAUCAACAACACCAACAGCAAUUCCAAAAUUGGGAUAUGAUGUCGCAUUCAGUACAUGGGCAGAAGUAUCCUGAUCAAACUCAGGAUUUGGAUAAUUUAUUAACCCUCCAGUUGCAGCAGCAGCAGAAGAUUCAGUUGCAGCAGCAGCAGAAGAUUCAGUUGCAACAGCAGCAGAAGAUUCAGUUGCAACAGCAGCAGAAAAAUCAGUUGCAACAGCUUCAGCUUGAACAAGAGUAUCAAUUACAGCAGAAGCUCUUACAGGAGCAACAACAGUCCCAUGCUCGUCAAUUACAUUUUCAACAGAUUCUACAAGGACAGACUCCUGAUUCCAGGUAUGGGCAGUCACACGACUUCCCUCGCUCCAUCAAUAUUGAUCAGAUGUCGGUAGAGCAGCUAAUGAAUGAAUUGCAGAAAAGUUCUGGCCAUCAGUCACAUGACUUCGCUCGAUCCAACAAUGUUGAUCAGAUGUUGUUUGAGCAGCAGCUAAUGAAUGAAUUGCAGAGAAGUUCUGGCCAUCCGUCACGAAAUUUUGCACCAUACAUGGAGCAACUUGCCGCUGGAAAUUUUGGGCAGUUGCCACAUGAAGGCCAUCAAAAGGAGCUACUUGAACAGCUACUUUCAACACAAAUGCAAUCUCAAUAUGGACAAAUGCAACCUCAGUACGGACAAAAGCAAUCUCAACAUGAACAAUUGCUAUCUGAACCAAUCCGGUCUUCAGAGUACCAGCUACUCCAGCAAGAGCAGCUCAUGAAAUUGGCAAAUGGAGUGAGGCACAAUCCACUAUUGGAGGAACAGAGACAUAUUGACCCUCUAUGGCCAUCUGACUAUAAUGAUCAGCUUUUAAGAACUCAUUCUGGGAUCCACCGUUCGCGCUCUUCUGCGGGAUUUGGACCACUAGACUUUCACCAACAGCAGCAGAGGCCACCCUUUGAGGAUCAGUUUGGUCAACUUGAGCGGAACCUUUCGUAUCAGCAACAAGUUCGACAAGAUUUAUUCGAGCAGGGUCUUCCAUUUGAGCGAUCAGCAUCCUUACCUGGAAUGCUAAAUCUGGAUGCAUUAAAUGGUCUUGGACUCUCGCAAGGUAUAGACUUGCGUGAUGCUACUGCCCACAUGCAGCAUUCUGGCAGAUUGGGAAAUUCCACUCCGGGUUUCAAUCAACAGAAUCCCCGUAUACCAUUAGUUGAACCGCAGUUUGCACAAUUGGAACCAACGAAAGAACGCUGGCCUGGAGCGGAUACACAGCUACCUGGUGACUGGGCCGAAUCUCAAUUUCAUAGAUCAAAUAUUGAUUCUGAACAUCAUAGAAUGAGGUCAGAAAUGAGGAGAUUGGGCGAAGAUUCCAAUUCAUGGAUGGGAGAUGGAUCUACAGACGACAAGUCAAAGCAGCUUUUUAUGGAGUUGCUCCACCAGAGACCCGGCCAUCAAUCUGCUGAGUCACCGAGCUUGAACCGUGGGCAACCCUAUGACAGGAUGGCUCCUUCAGGCCGUGGCCAAAACGCUUCAUCUACUUUUGGGUCGCAGUCAUUUUCUGAUGAACAGGUAAACAGAUUGCCAGGAGACGGGAACUAUAUGAGAUCAUUGCAUCGUAGUAGUUCCUUGCAUUCUGGAAGUAUGGAUGGUGGGCGGUCAACACAGAAUGAAACUCAUCAAGCGUUGAGUAAUAUGUUUGCUAUGAAUAAAGACGCGAAUGACAUCAAAACUUGGAACAAUGUGCCGCCUAAAAAUGAGGGAAUGGGAAGGAUGUCAUUUGAAGUCAAAGACAGAAUGGGCAAGCAAUUAGAGUCCUUGGUUCAAGGGGAGCUUCCAGUUGUUACGCCUGCCCAACAGUCUUCUUUCGAUAUAUCUGACCCAUACAGCGACAACUUAGUUGGAGAAGAUAGAAGGAAGGAUAGGUUGGUAGUGGCAUCACACGGGCAGGAAUCAGUGAUGUUAAAAAGGCCUCCGUCAUCACAUUCGUCAUCGUCGCAUGAGGGAUUGCUCGAGCAUAUGUCCGACACAGCUAGCAGGACAGCCACUUCUUCGUAUAGUGGAGUUGAAGGAGGAGGUGGGAGACGGGAAGCAGGAGGAGCGGGGAACAAAGGGACGACGACGGCAGAGGCGUCUUCGUUCAGUGAGAUGUUGAAAAAGAGUAGUGGAAGUAGCAUGAGCAUGAGCAUGAGCAUGAAGAAGGUGGCCGAGUCGUCAUCGUUAUCAGAUGCAGCCAGCGAAGGAGGCAAAGGCGGAGGGAAGAAGAAAGGGAAGAAAGGGAGGCAGCUUGAUCCAGCUCUCCUCGGUUUCAAAGUCGCUAGCAAUCGCAUUCUUAUGGGCGAGAUUCACCGCGCUGAUGAUUUCUAAUCUCUCUCUCUUCUCUUCUCUUCUCUCUUUGUACAAAAAUCUUCUUUUUACAGAUAGCUUUUCAUACUUCUUAGGCGUAUAGAAUAUAGAUAGAUCUUUUUCAGACACAUUUCUUACCUCACUAUUAAUAAAUGAUUUU